AUGGGUUCUGGCGCAUCGAGUGCCUCGGACCAUGGAGACCUUCCAGCGUCGACGGAGCGAAUGUUCCUGGAGCCACAGGACAUGGAGGAUGCGGAUGCCUUCUUCCGGGGCGAUACGUUCAGCGAGGACGAGAAGCUGCUAUUCUCUCGAAUUGUCGGCUACGUGGCGAAGACUUCCCUAGGAGGCAUGGAGUACACCAUGCCCCUUCGAUGCCUCCAAGCGGCAGAAGCAGAAGCUUCAGAGUCUCGCGUGGCUCUGUGUCUUCACGGCUUUGGUGAUGAUCGCUGCAUGGCCUUGUGGACCCACUUCUGGUUACCUAUGACGGAGAAAGGAUUCCACGUUGUGGCUCUGGAUCUUCCAGGCUUUGGCCGUGCAAGUGGAAGACCAGGCAAAGACUGGUCUGCUGUGGAUGGAGAGCUGCUACUGCGGCUCAUGGAAUGCCUCAGGAUGCGUGACGGCCGUGUUUCGGUUUUUGCAGAGGGUAUAGGUGCCUGUGCAUUUUUGCGUGCUUAUGCGCAAGACAGUGCUCCGUUUGCAGGGCAUCAUGUGCUUCUGAACGUGCAGAUUGGAGAAGUCCCUAAGGGACUCCGGGAAAACCUCGAGUCACGCGGAGCUGACAUCAUGCUUUGUGGCUGUGAGAAGUUUUAUCCAACUCAACCGCCUUGGAUGCUUUCAGGUCUGAACCAACUUUCGCAACUGCUGCUGGAUCCAAGCACGAUGGGGCAGUUGGGCACGUUUGUCCUCUGGAAAGUGAAAAAUGCAGAUGGGCCAACUCCAAUCAAGAGUAUGAGGGACGGCACGUGGUGGACCGGCAACUUGGAGAAAACUGCUUUGGCAAAGGCCGGUCAUGCUUUAGUUUUCCGAGCUUCAGCGGAUUGCUUUCGAGAGCUCUUUGACUACGUAGCGGCACCCCCUCGGAAGGUGAUAGUCAAGACAGCUCUGCAGGGGCCGGAGAUGACUUCAAUCGAAACGGGCGAAAUCAACGACACGUUUUCAGUCUUCAUUCGGAUCAGACCGCUUUUAGAAAGAGAAUUGAAAGCGGGGUCGGAGAAUUGUUUGGCCGUCUCCGACACAGACUUUCCGCGGGACCCUCCUCCACAGCGGAUCGUCGUGCAAGCUGGUGAUGCCAACUUGAAGGGUAGUUAUGUAUUCAAUCGUGUGUUCGAGCAGUCCAUGAGCCAAGAAGCUGUCUUCAAUUCCACAGCGAAGCCGUUUGUCCAAGAUUUCUUGGCAGGGACAAAUGUCACAAUUUUUGCCUAUGGGCAGACCGGAACUGGAAAGACCUACACCAUUUUUGGUCCCGCAGAGGACCCGGGAAUCGUUACCAGAAGUCUUUCAGACAUCUUUGAGAAGAUGCCAGCAGGCAAAGAACUGCACUACGAAUACGUGCAGCUGUACUUGGACGACUUCAAGGAUUUGUUGGCAGAUGCUUCAGGGCUUGGGAAACUAGUCGAGGGCAAAGCUGGAGUUGAGCUGCUGGGUCUAUCGAGCCACAAGGCCACGUCUGCUUCCGAGAUUCUCCAAGCUGUCGCCAAGGGAGCAACACGGCGUGCCACGAGAGCGCAGGACAUGAAUGAAGUUUCCAGUCGUAGCCAUGCCAUUUUGAUGUUGCGACUGAAAGAAGGUGACGGUGGUGAUGUUUUCUCGUCCAUGUUCAUUGUUGACUUGGCUGGCAGCGAGCGUGUAGCAAGGAGUGGAGUCACUGGUGACGGCUUUACAGAGGCAACCAAUGUAAACCUGUCUCUGACCGCGUUGGGACGAGUGGUCAUGUCUCUGAUUGAAGCAGACAUCACUCAGACGAAGGCUUUUAUCCCCUAUAACGCAUCACCUUUGACGAUGCUGCUGAAAGCAGGGUUGGGCGGCAACAGUAAGACUGCCCUCGUUGCUUGCGUCACUCAAGCAGCCGACUCCCUCAGUGAGAGCGUCAGCACUCUUCGCUUCGCAAUGCAGGCGUCGCAUGUGAAAAACAAAGUGGAACAGAAAGAGGCGCAGGACAGAGCAGAUCAGGAGAAAACGAAGAUUGCGGAAGCGGCACAUGAACUGCGCCUCUCUGGUGGCAAAGGAUCUGUUGAAUUGACGUCGGGUAGCAUCGAAAUUUGGGGCACCUGGCAAUCAGCUGCUGAAGAAACCGUGAUUCUUCUGGGCGGUUUAGGCAGCGAGUUAGAACAGCUGGAAGGCCUGAUUACCGCAUUGAGGGACAUCGGCCGUCAGGUAUUGGCACCCAAACUGCCGGGAACUGCUGAGAAACAUUUGGACGCGGAUGUGUCGAUCCUUUUGGAACUUCUCGAUUGGCUUGGCUUGGCCAAGCCUGCUUUCUACGGUCGAGACUGGGGUGCAGUGCGGGCGGUUAGAUUCAAAAUGGCCCAUCCAAAGCGAUCGGGCAACUUGGUACUGGAGAACAGGUUGAACAAGAUGAGUGAAGCCCAGUACAAAGCCAAAAUGAAGAAAGAUCCUAACUAUGCGCUGCAAGAGUAUAUGGGGCCUUGGCUGUGGUUUUUCGAUGGCACAUUUCCGAAGAGCUUAGAUGGCUCGGGAAUUGGCAACAAUGUGAAAGGCUUCAAAGGCAAUGUGCUUUUUCUGUGGCCCUAUCACACCAAGGGCAGACACGAUCCGCCAAAGCGUGUUACGACUUGCAGCAAAGUUGCGGAUGUAUAUGCGAAAGCUGUGAAGACCAAGCCGGUAGAUUCGUAUCUGAUGACAGAUGCUGACAUCGCUUCUCGGAUUGUAGGGUUUGCUGAGUGA